AUGGCGCAGAUCGUCAACAUAGAAGUAAAGUGUCAGAAAGAAUCCAUGAGCGUGAGGAUUGAAUUUAGUCUCCCAUUCAAUGGUAUUAUUUACUCCAAGGGUUAUUAUAGUGACAGCAACUGUCAGUACAUACCAUUAAACAGCGGUAAGUCUGCGUAUGAGUUUACGGUUUUCCUAGACCGCUGUGGUACCCAGUUUGUGGAUCAGUUCAGACAAGGUGGUCAGGCAUACUUAGAAAACACCAUUGUAAUUCAGAAUGAACCUGGUUUCCAGGAAAUUUGGGAUACUGCACGCCACAUCCGAUGUCUAUGGACUGGGCAAUUUGAGAAGACUGUAACCUCCAAUAUUAACGUAGACAUGUUAGACAUCGUUUCUGUCACCUACAGCGGCGAUUCUGUGGACACCUACAUGGACAUCCAACUUGGACGUGGACCAUUUGCUGCCCCAGUUACAGGACUAGUGAAAAUAGGCGACACUUUGACUGCUGUCAUCUAUGUACAGGGCACGAGCGACUUUGACAUCCAUGUGAAGAACUGUAUAGCUCAUGCCGGGGAUAUCACUAAGGCCAUCCAACUGACCGAUGCUCGAGGGUGUGUCAUAAAAAAGAAGUUAAUGGGACCUUGGCAGAAAACACGAUCAACUGGUAAUUCCGGAGCUAGUAUUAUAGCCUACGCUUUCUUCCAAGCUUUCAAAUUUCCAGACACCAUGGAAUUAUUCAUGGAAUGUGACAUUGAACUCUGCAAGUUCCAGUGCUCAGAUUUCUGUCCAGAAUACCCGCAGUCACUAACAGGAAGAAAGAAGAGAGAGGCUCGUGGAGGGGUACAAGAUAUCUAUAGAGACAAGGACGGCAUAAUAAUUGUACCAGAACGUGUAGAACCGGUGAAAUUGCAACGCAGUUUCCGAGUUGUAGCACCGGAAGAUAUUACUUUCUCGGAAGCAAGCAAUGGUACCUUAACCCUGACUGCUGGUAGUCCAACCGAAUCUAGAGAAAAUGUUUGUAUGUCAACACCAAGUUUUAUCACGGCAUUGGUGGUCAUACUCAUAGUCUUGUUGAGUUCUUGUUUGAUGAGUGCUGUCCUCUGUGUUCGAAUCCGUAAUUCUCCCGGUACCCCUUCCUUGUCAACUCUGUAUGCCUAUUCACAAAGGGACAUCUUAGGUGGUUCCGGGAAGUAA